AAUCCAAUAAAGUUAUAUAUAUUUGUAGUUGUUAGAAAAGUUUAAGUUAAAAAAAAAUUAAUUAACAAGCUUAAUACAAGUUAGUGCUGUUAUUCAUGGAUCCUCUGAUUUUAAAGACUCUUUACGAAUCUACCGAAUAUGUGGUGGACAAAUUGAUUAAUGAACCAGACUACAAUUACUUCAAUAAUGCCAUCCAGAAGGAUUUGCUUAACAAGAAUUGGCAAGAGUUAGUGUCUAGUCAGAAAUCCCACGAGAAAGAUUAUUCUUUAAUGAUAUUAAACAAUGAAGCUAGACUAGUGUUUUUAUUGUUCAAUUAUCACUUACCCACUUCAGAUAAUCCAUUUGAAAAACUCGAUAAGAAUUAUAUCAAUAGUCCGCAUUAUUUUCCUGAUAUUGAAUUUUUAAUUGAUUAUGCCCAUCAUGAAUUAGAUUCAAUUAUUUUGGAAAUACUUUGUAAAAAGCAAAUUUUAAGAAAGACUCAGAUAACCAAUAUGGUUCAUCGCUUAUUUGCAUUAACACUGUCAUUGUUUUUUCCUCCACUUGCUGAAAUUCCUUCGAAACAAAAACCACAAUUUAAAACUCUUUAUCGUAUCCACAAAGAUCUAUUCGACGAGCAUUACCAAUUCAUCCCCCAAUCAGGAAACCAAGAUAAAAUGCAAAUUACUGAUAAAUUUUUGCAAGAGGCAAUUGAUAACUUCGAACUAAAUAAGCAACUACUUCUCAAAUCAGAUCAUACAACAACAAGAAAAGCCAGAUCAAGUAUAUUCCUAAGAGAUAAGUUUAACAGAUUUACUCAGAAUUUCUUUUUACUUGAGACAUCCCAAUUUUCCCAAGAUAAAUUUAAAAAUAGUUGUUUUUGUAAUUUUAAUAACUUUAAUCUUCAUAAGGCAGCUUAUGUAUUUGGAUCUGCCCUUCAAAAGUUCCACAUGGGUAUUCUAGUUGAUGGAAAUGCUAAUUAUCAAGAUUACGACAAUAGAAAUAACUUUGGAGAAGAAAACUUUCAUAUUUUAUUCAACAAGGUCGUUUUAAUGCUAAUAGAGGAAAGGAUAAGAUUGGGAAUAGUUUUUAUGGCUGAUUGUAUGUUAGUUAUUGAGCUUGAUGAAAACCCACAGCCUACUAUUAUACACAACAUGGAUGGUCCUAUGUGUCAGAUAAGUUGCAGUAUGAGAUGUUUCAAGUACUCGGAAGCACGUUAUGGAAUUCCAUGCUUGUUUAUGAUAAUAGUCCAUGAUCAUUUUCUUAAAGUUCAGAACCGAGAAAUACAGGAAAUUCCAUUUCAACCAAUUCGGAUUACUCCUAAAGACAAAACUGCUAACCAUAAGUGGCAGAUGGAGUUUUUGAAAUCGGAGUUGGAAUCCAAGUUUGUAAAUUAUGUUCCAAACGAAUCAGGCGACUAUGUACACCAAGUGUAUCCUAGCAUUAUUAUUCCAGAUUCUUGUUCUGCAGUGAUGCAAAAAUUUAACUAUAGAGAACUAGAUCAUUACUUUAAGGAUGAAAACUUUAGUGAAGCCUUUGCCGCCGCAGACAAGUAUCCAACAAGGCAUUAUUAUGGUUAUUCACUUGAUUUUGGCAAAAAUUUUGAUUCGUAUUUUUUCGGAAACUAUAUGAUUUCAUUAUUCUUUAUACCACCAUGUAGAUCUACAGGACUAUUUGCACGAGGCUCGUUUCUAAAGAAGUAUGCUUUAAUUCUAAAAGUGUUUAUUUCAGAAGUAGGCUUAGGUUUAUUAUUGGAUGAAAUCAAACCAUACGCCUCCGAAGGAGUUAAACAAUUUGAAUUGUUGACCAUUGGUUUACAACAACAGGAUGAUAAGGUGUUUUUCUACAGUAUCUUUAAAAGCAAGAAUGGAGCACCCAUAAAACCCAUUGGUUAUAGUGAAUCACGCAAUGAUAUUACAAGUAUCCACAAUAAUGAGCAGCUUCUACGUUCCAGUGAUUUAAAGAAUUAUAACCAUUGCCUUAGCAGUUUUCAAAAUAUGAAAUACGACAGACGAAGGACGCAAAAUCUAAGAGAAUUGGAAAAGGAAUGUGCUGAGAGGAUGAAGAAGCACAUAGUCGAGGGGGAUUCUAUGCAAGCUAUCAAGAAGAUCAAAAGGUGAAAUAUUAAAGUAAAAUAAAAUGACAUAAUAUUACAUAGUAUUUCUAACUAAUAUACAACAACAAUAAAUGGAAUAUUAUAAAAUUC